AUGAGUGGAAUUACAGUAAUUCGUAAAAAGUUGCAAGGUUACGUUGGUUUUGCAAAUUUACCAAAUCAGGUUCAUAGAAAAUCAGUGAAAACAGGUUUCCAGUUCACUUGCAUGGUAGUCGGUGAAUCUGGCCUUGGAAAGUCGACCUUGGUCAAUACACUCUUUAACACCCAGCUCUAUCCUCCCAAGGACAUUGCGGAAUUAACAGCAGAGGUGCCCCAAACAGUUGAAAUCAAAUCUACCACGGCCGAUAUUGAGGAAAAUGGCGUGAAGCUCAAGCUGACUGUAGUGGAUACACCUGGUUUUGGUGAUUUCGUCAACAAUGAGGAGAGCUGGAAGCCCAUCUUGGACGACAUUGAAUCUCGCUGUGAUGCCUAUCUUGAGCAAGAGAACAGAGUCAACCGUAGAAAGAUGACUGAUAACCGCAUCCAUGCCUGCCUCUACUUUAUUGCUCCUACAGGUCAUGCUUUGAAACCUCUAGAUAUUGAAUUCAUGCGUCGUCUUCAUACCCGUGUUAAUUUGAUCCCCAUUAUUGCCAAAGCAGACACCAUGACGGAAGAAGAAGUAGUCGCCUUCAAGGAACGUAUCUUGGCUGAUAUCAACUACCACCGGAUCCAAAUUUACCAAGCGCCUGUCUAUGAAUACGACGAUAUGGAAACCAUUGCUGAAAACAGUGAAAUCAUGUCCAAAAUCCCAUUUGCUGUGGUUGGUUCUGACAAGGAAUUUGAGGCUGAGGGACGUCGUGUGCGUGGUAGAAUGUAUCCAUGGGGUAUCAUUGAGGUUGAUAACGAGGAUCAUUGUGAUUUCGUAAAGCUCCGACAAAUGUUGAUCCGCACGCAUAUGGAAGAACUAAAGGAAUACACAAACGAUGUCUUGUAUGAGAAUUACCGCACUGAGAAACUGACAGCCAUGGGUAUCCAACAGGAUCCAUCUGUAUUUAAGGAAGUCAACCCCAUUCAAAAGAUGGAGGAGAAGAGGCUUGCUCAUGAACAGAAAUUGGCCAAGAUGGAAUCUGAAAUGAGGGCUGUAUUCCAAGCAAAGGUAACUGAGAAGGAGGCAAAAUUGAAGCAUUCUGAGGCAGAGUUGUAUGCACGCCACAAAGAGAUGAAGGAUGCCCUUGAUAAACAACGCUCUGAACUAGAGGAGAGAAAACGUCGUUUGGAAUCAGGUAGACCCAUUACACCCGAGAAGGCCAAAAAGAAGGGAUUCUCUUUCAACAAGUAG